GCCAGUGUGGCGUGGAGCAGGGAGCAGGUGCGCAGAGGCCGGGAGCGGCCCACCUGCGACCCGCCCCUGGGCCCCGCUGUGCAGCGCGCGCUGGCCGCGGCCUGCGGAACCUGUGCCGGGCCGAAGCGGCGCAAGCCCGCCGACCCCAGGGCGCGAGUCCGCUCCGGCGCCGGCCGCUGCUCCGCCUCGGCUGCCCACAACCCACGGUCCUUUCCGCCGUCCCAGCGACCUCCCCUCGCCUCUCUCCCGCUCCUUCCAGCGCCCUCCAGUCCCCGGCGCCCGGCAGCGUCUAGAAGGCAUCUGAGGAUGGCGCGCAGGACCGCGGAGCUGACGACGAUGCGGCCGACUAUCAACAUGCUCUGAUUUGGGGGAGUAGAAGCCAACUUAAAUCCUUCAUACCAGCUUCAUCCCUCCAGUGGCAUUCUUUAAAAGGUACACAGCCGAGACCUGGACCCCACAUGCACCCCCGGAGCGCCACAGCUUUCCACACCGAAUUCCUGGUGGACUUUUGACUCUUGGUUGCUGAGGACUCGAAAUGGCCAUGAUCAGAUGGGGGCUUGGAAGACUGACUUUUCAUCUCUUAAAGAGGAGAAGCUCAUUGCUUUUGAAACUCACAGCCAUUAUCUUGGCUGUGCUUUUCUUUUGUGAGUUUUUGGUCUAUUACUUGGUGAUCUUUCGGUGUAAUUGGCCUGAGGUGAAAACUCGAGCCCGUGACCAGGCACGACAGACUCUUGAUCCUGUGCUGAGGGCCAUGUUUCUGGCCGACACUCACUUGCUUGGGGAGGUAACUGGCCACUGGUUUGACAAAUUACGAAGGGAAUGGCAAAUGGAGAGAGCCUUCCAGACAGCUCUGUGGUUGCUGCAGCCGGAAGUGGUCUUCAUUCUAGGGGACAUCUUUGAUGAAGGGAAGUGGAGCAUGCCCCAGGCCUGGGCGGAUGAUGUGGAGCGCUUUCAGAAAAUGUUCCGACACCCAAGUCAUGUGCAGCUGAAGGUAGUUGCUGGCAACCAUGACAUUGGCUUCCACUACAGGUAAGUGGUUCAAUACAAAGUAAAACGGUUUGAGAGAGCUUUCAACUGUGAAAUGCUGUUUUCUUGGAAAGGAGUUAAUUUUGUGAUGGUCAACAGUGUGGCGCUGGAAGGGGACGGCUGUACCAUCUGCUCCAAAGCUGAAGAGGAGCUCAUGGACAUCUCUCACAAACUGAACUGCUCCCGACAGGAACAAGGAGCCAGCCACUGUGCAGCGGGGCAGCCGCUCCCUGCGUCCGCCCCCAUCCUCCUGCAGCAUUAUCCACUCUAUCGGAGAAGCGAUGCUAACUGUUCUGGGGAUGACGCGGCCCCUCCAGAGGAAAGGGACAUCCCGUUUAAGGAGAAGUACGACGUGCUUUCUCAGGAGGCUUCCCAAAAGCUGCUGUGGUGGCUCCGGCCACGCCUGGUCCUGAGCGGCCACACGCACAGCGCCUGCGAGGUGCUCCACCAGGGAGGCGUCCCGGAGAUCAGCGUCCCGUCUUUCAACUGGAGGAACAGAAACAACCCCAGCUUCAUCAUGGGCAGCAUAACAUCCUCCGAUUAUGCCCUCUCCAAGUGCUACCUCCCGUAUGAGGACACGGUUCUGUCCAUGUACUGUGGAGCAGCUGGCCUCCUCGUGGUCCUCCUCCUAGCCCACUUUGAGCUUUUAGCCCCACGUUUUCUUUUUGGUCGCCACCUGAUCAGAAUGCACACGGUGAGGUGAAAAGCAGGCAAUCUUUGCAUCUAGCCAUCAACAUCAAAGCCAAAUACACAGAACUUCCAGCAGAGCUCACGUUAAGAGUCCAGUGGACGGCGAGAAUCCAGUGUCGGCCUUCUUUAUGCACGUCUUAGAAAUCCUACAUCACUGAUGUGAGUGACUGCAGGAUAAAUGUACUAUUCUCAUGCUAGAAAAAUGGAACAUGUACUCUACAACAAAUCUGUUUCCUCAUUUCUAUAAAAUAAUCAAAGUUG